CAAAUUAGAUUCGAAAAAUUAAUUGAAUGUGAUAGCAAUCAUAAUAUAUUCGCAAUUCGAAAACACACAGGAAGUGCGCGGCAGAGGAGUCGUUUAUGGAAGAUCAAAGCGGAGAAGGAGAAGAACAAGAAGAAGAUUCUAUAUCAUAUUAUUAUCACUAUUGAUUAUUCAAAUUUAUUAAAUAAUAAUAUUAAUUCAUUAAUUAAUUAUGGCUAAGGGGCCCUUCUCCUCUUUCCGCCGCACAGUCUCCCGCCGCCGCCAAAACAGGAAGACGUUGCCGCCGCAGCAGUUGACGCCGCCGACGAUUCCGACGCCGAAUACGACCGGAAUUUCCGGGUCGCCAGGCGAGAACGCCAACAACGGAUUGAUCGUCGGCGGAGCGGUGACGAAGGCGAAGAAGAAGACCGGCGGAGCCAGGUUGUGGAUGAGAUUUGACCGGUCGGGUCGGUCGGAGCUUGUCGAGUGGGACAAGAACGCCAUCAUCCACCACGCCGCGAUUCCCGCCAGGGACUUGAGGAUUUUGGGCCCUGUCUUCUCCCACUCCUCCAAUAUCCUUGCCAGAGAGAAAGCAAUGGUAGUCAAUUUGGAGUUUAUAAAGGCUAUAGUCACGGCUGAAGAAGUGCUAUUGCUUGAUCCUCUUCGCCAGGAGGUUCUUCCAUUUGUUGAACAACUCAGGCAACAACUUCCAUAUAAAAGUCAACCUAGACUUCAUGGACCUGUGCAUGAACAAGAAAGUGAAAUGCAGGUUUCAACUGGCAGACAAUGGUUACCUGUGCCAGAGUCUGCUGAAUGUUUGCAGUCUGAGCUUCCAUUUGAGUUUCAAGUUCUUGAGAUUGCUUUAGAAGUUGUCUGUACUUAUCUGGACUCAAGUGUGGCAGACCUUGAGAGAGGUGCUUACCCUGUAUUAGAUGAAUUGGCUAGGAAUGUUAGCACCAAGAAUCUUGAACGUGUUCGAAGUUUGAAGAGCAAUCUUACACGUUUGCUGGCACGGGUGCAAAAGGUGCGAGAUGAAAUUGAACAUCUGUUAGACGACAAUGAAGACAUGGCGCAACUAUAUUUGACAAGGAAGUGGUUGCAAAAUCAGCAAUUUGAGGUUCAUUUGGGAGCCACAGCCUCAAAUAUUCUUUCUAAUGCCGCAAAUGUUGUUUGUCGACUUGGUUCUAACAGAAGUGGAAGUCUUGUGGCUAGCAACUAUGGGGAUGAUAAUGACGUGGAGGACUUAGAGAUGUUGCUUGAGGCAUAUUUUAUGCAGUUGGAUGGAACUCGUAACAAGAUAUUGUCUGUUAGGGAAUAUAUUGAUGACACAGAAGACUACGUCAACAUCCAACUUGAUAACCAUAGAAAUGAACUUAUUCAGCUGCAGUUGACAUUGACCAUUGCAUCAUUUGCUAUUGCUGUUGAAACUUUGAUUGCUGGUGCAUUUGGUAUGAACAUUCCUUGUUCAUUAUACAGCAAAGAUGGAAUAUUUUGGCCCAUUGUUGGGGGCAUGUCUGUAGCUUGCGUAUUGCUUUUCCUGCUUGUUUUAGCAUAUGCAAAAUGGAAAAAGUUGCUGGGAUCAUAAGUAUACUUUCGUCAUCAGCUGUUUGGGUUGUAACAGUUGGCAACAUGAACCUCAGCAAUCAGUGAUCUGAAGAACAAACAAGAACGGGUCCUCCAAGAAGUGGCUUAUUAAGGAUGUAUCUCAAUUUCUCAUAAUAUUAUUAGCUGAUCUCUAGGAUGUUCCAAGCUUGCUUUUGACACUCUGAACUUCAUAGCUGAUAUCAUUCACACAGGCAUUUUUCAUUUAGCAACUGUAUGAUGUCAUUUUUUCUAUUUACUUUUUUUAUGUUUUGCUUGAUCAGUUUAUAUGUUAAUAAUGGGGAUUGCAUGAGGAGCAUUGUGGUGGGCUUAAUUUAUGAGCAGCUAAC